AUGCUACGUGCCCGCCGUCUAGUGACGCUCUGGCAGCGUGCACAACCCGUCACAGACGCGAGUCUGCAGCGUCUGAGCAUGAGUCUUGCCCGAAUAGACGCUGCACCUGUCUCAGUUCUACAUCGUCGCUGGAUGUCCUCCGAGGGCAUGAACAACGUGCCGUUUGAGACGGACGAGAACAUGACCAAGCUACUAGCCGAGCUGGACACAUUCCGUGAGACCGGCAAGUGGCGCCAGGCGCUCAAAUUGCUGGACCGUGUGGACAAGGACGCCGCUCUGCCUGCACUGGACCCUGUCAUGUAUGAACGCGCCAUCGCCGCCUGCGCGCGCAUGGGAAAAGUGGAGGUGCUGCCAGGUCUGCUGAACAACAUGCUGGUAGACGACCUGACGCCCACCAGCGCCACCAUGGACUUUAUUAUCCAAGCUUAUCUGGCCAAGGAGCACUGGGGACUCAUCGUGCAGCUGGCGAGUGAGGCUACCGCCAUGGGCGUACAGCUAUCGCCCGCCGCCUUCCAUGCCAUCAUGGAAGCUUGCGGACAGGUGAGAGAUGCCGACAGCACCUUCAGUAUCAUGGAGCAGCUCAGUGAGGCUGGCAUGCCGCUCACCUCCGACCACUACGCUGCGGCCAUUCGUGCUGCGGGUAUGGGAAAGCGCCCUGACACGGCCAUGGCGCUGUUCGUGCAGAUGGAGGAGCAAGACGGACUGAAGGACAACGGAGCAGCCUUCAGCCAGCUGAUCCGUGCUCAGGUUCUGAAUGGAGAGCUGGAACAGGCGCUACAGAGCUUUGCCACCGUCUCGCAGCGCGGAUUGAUCUUGGAUGAACCCAUUUACACGUGCACGAUCGACUCCCUUGUGGCGAACAAGAAGCACUGGCAAGCCACACGGCUGUUCGAGCAGAUGCUUGAAGGCGGCGAGAAACACCCGAGUGUCUUCUGUCUGGGCCGCGCUAUGCUCGCCUACACAGGCGCGAACCGCAGUCAGCACGCCUGGGCCUGUUGGAAGAAGAUUGUGGACAUCAACGAGCCGAACCCCGUCGCGAUGAAAUACAACAAGAUGCUCCAGGGACUGACGCAUGUUAGGGACACACAGCUUGCAGUUAAAGUGUUUGACCACAUCCAGACGCUCUUUGAGCCCGGUCAGAUCCACCAAGGAGCCUACACGACUGCAAUUCGCGCUCAUGGACGACUGGGGAACACGCAGAGGGCGGUGGAUCUGUUCGACGAGUACGUUGAGAGCUGCAAGGACACUCGUCGCGUUUCUCGCUUUGUUGGCAUCUACUUGGCGCUAUUCAAUGCGCUAUCGAGAGACACUGUGCGUGAUCCGGCGUUGAACACACGCGACGCUAAACGUGCCUGGAAAAUUAUGUCUGCGAAUGUGCCGGUCGUGUUGCCGCCUGCGUACGCGAGUCUCGCGGGUGUGUUUGCUAGUACCGGCGAGAUGGAGACGCUGGAGGAGCUGAUCGGCCAUGCCGAGCGGAGCUGGGGCGCCUCGGCGGAUAUGACGCAGCAGCAAGAAGUGGACGAAGACGGUGACGAACUGGAAGCCGUUGCGGUCUUUGAGGGCGAAGAUGCCGAGCUGGGAAGCGAUAACGACGUGCUUCUGUUCAACGGCGUGAUAAGCGGCUUGUGCAAGGCACGUGACGACCAGACAGCCAACAUUGAGGCGUAUUUGGACAUGAUGUUGUCGCGCGGGCUUCCGAUCACAGACUCCAUCGUGCGCGCUACUACUGACGCCUGCGUUCGCUUCGAGAACUGGGAACUCAUGCGUAAUUUGAUGAAAGUUGUGGAUAUCGACGCCUUGAAGAACCCCGAAGUCUGCACGGGAGACACCGUGUCCAAGCUCCUGGACGCUGGCAAGUGGAGUCUGGGUCGCGAGUGGCUCAUGUUUUGCCAUCGUCGCGGACUGCAUCCUCCAGUUCGUCGUAAGAUGGAGUUGUUACGAGAGAUGUGUGAAAACAAGAGCAAGGAGUGGCGAAUCGCGUACUCGCUGGCCAAUGAGACCAUGUCGUUCCGCCGCCUGGUCCAGAACAAUGUCAACAGCGUCGCCGAUGCAGCGGAAGUGUGCAGGAACGCCGACCGUAUGGACCUGGUUAUCAAACUCUUCGACGCUGCCGCGGGUCAUUCCUCACUACGAUUCUUCCGCAACCAUCAGCGCCAACCCGUGGUGGUUCCUCUCAGUUUGUACAAGAACGCAAUCCUGGCCCUACUUCGACAGCCAAAGGCCGGAGCUGUGGAAGUGGAUGACAGCUGGCGGAUGGUCAAGGCCGAGCGUAUCUGCCGUCAAAUGCUGGAGGUGCAUGGGAAGCAUCUGGACGGCGACGCUCUGUCCAUGGCCAUCUCAAUCAAGGCCACUGCGGGAGACCACGACGAUGUCGGCGCGCUGUACGAGUCGAUGCGCGCUCUCGGUCUUGAGCCCAACUCGUACGCUCAAAACGCGGCCAUAAUCGCCUUCUCCCGCCAGCGUCGCACGGAUCAAGUGCUGGCUAUUCGCGAUGAGCUCCUGGCCAGAUGUGAUGAGAACGGGAAGAUCCAGACUGUCGAGUCGAACGUGGCCAGGUCGUUGCUGCUGUCGCUUGCUCUCGCACAUGAAGACAACGCACUUCGUGACGCUGUCCAGAACCUGCCUGGCUGCACCAUGGAGAUGGCGCUGGAUGUGCUUAUGAACACGAACCGGAGUACUGAUGCAGUGGAGUUGUUCAACGAGAACGCGACUUCUGAGUCGUUCGAAGCGCUCUUCCACCAGCUCUGCCAGUCGGGCAACCCCGUUCUAGGCGCGACGCUGUUGCUCAAGCAUUCUCGUCUCCACGGAUUGAGCCAAGUGCAUCCGAACCGCGUGAUCCGCGUGACCAACGCGCUGAUCGAGAAGGGAAACCUCGUGGAGACGGAGAAGUUGCUGCAAGUGUACGUGGAUGGCACCGAUGGUGUGUCCUUAAAGCAGAUGCCGCCGUACUUCCAGCAGCACACGAUGGAGAUGUUGCUGUUCAUUUAUGGCGAGUUCGGACACUUCGAUGCCAUGCGGUCGCUUUUCGAGAAGGAAUUGCUGGCUUUUCCUCUUGAAGUUGCUCACUAUGAGGCGGCGAUGGAAUACUGCACCGAGUCUCGUGACGAACUUGCUGGUGCUGUGGCUAGUCUGAAGCUGUUCGAGCUGCUCCGCACCAAGGGAUUCAUCCGACCAAGUGGCUACACGUAUCUGCUGACGUUGCAAAGCUGUCUGCGUCUGGAGCGUCUGGAGCCUGCGAAUGCUUCAGCUGUCAAGUCUAUGGGUCAGAUCAUUCUGGACGACGUACGGGAGCAUGGAUUCCUGGACGGGGUUGCUGACGAGUUAGCGAAGCAAGUGGCGUCGGCGAUUAAGCGAGUGCAAGUCAAGAACCAGAAGGUCAUUCGACGCAUCAAUAAGGACCGAGAAUCAGCGUUCACCAGUGUCAUGAGCGCAGACGAACUUGCUCGCAUCGCUCUCUUCUGCCAUCGCCACGGCUUGCCCAUGACGACGAAGCUGGUUAACGACCUGCUAAAGCUGCAUCAGGAUCUGCCGACCAUGGUCUCGAACGAGUUGGCGUUUAUAAAGCGUUCGCUCGAAGAGGGACUGGGCGUUGUUGCUGCACCAGGCUCCAGCAUCCCGUCGAAGCGUGUGGUCAAGACCAAGAAGACUGCAGCUCCUAAGGCGAAGCGUGCACCUGCGUCGUUUGCGCCGAAUACUGGUCUGAGACGUCCACGCAGUAAAAGCUACGAGGCUGCUGUGCGCGCUGCUAGCGAUGCCCGGUGGGGUGUCGUCCUCGAGCCUAUUGCGACGGACAAGGAUUAA